AUGUGCCACUUUCAGGUCUCCUCACACUGCUGGUGUGUUCCAUUUUGUCAUAGGGUGCUGGCAGAUUACGGGCCUCCCAUUGCUGCUGCCAGGCCCGUAAUCUGCCAUGGGCCCCUGUACCGCCUCCUCAUGCUGCUGCCAGGUCCACAGUGUCUCAUGGGUCCCUGUACGGCCUCCCAUUGCUGCUGUCUCCAUCGCCACACUCUGCCAUGUGCCACUUUCAGGUCUCCUCACACUGCUGGUGUGUUCCAUUUUUGUCAUAGGGUGCUGGCAGAUUACGGGCCUCCCAUUGCUGCUGCCAGGCCCGUAAUCUGCCAUGGGCCCCUGUACCGC